UGACUCUGGGUGCCAAUGGGAAGCCUCCCUUGUCCCGCUCUGCCUCUCCAUCCUCUGCUUUGGCACGGCCUUCUUGUCUUCCCUCCCUCCUUCUUGUCCCUCCUCCGUCAUCAUGCAGAGCUGACAGCAGCAGCAGCAGCAGCAGCAGAAGAAGAAGAGCGGAGACAGGCACGGAUCGCAGGAGAAGGCAAAGGCAGGGGCCCGUCUCCCUGGGCGGCAGCAUCUCCUCCUUCAUCUUCUCCUUCUUCGGAGGACCUUGGGUACCGCUUUCCGUUCUCCAUCCCUGCCAUGGCUUCCAGGCCGGUGCUGCUCCUCUGCGUCCUCGGCCUGGCUUGGCUUUGUGGGCCGGGGGCUCUCUCUCGGAGGCCCCCCCGCCCCCCUCCGUGCCCGCAGAGCUGCUCUUGCACCCGGGACACCGCCUUCUGCGUGGACUCCAAGGCCAUCCCCAAGAACCUGCCUCGGGACGUCAUCUCUCUGACUCUGAUUAAUGCACAAUUCAGCGAAAUCAAAGAAGCUUCCUUCGCUCACCUCCCGUUCCUGCAGUUUCUGUUGCUGAACUCCAACAAAUUUACCAUGAUCCGGGACAAUGCCUUUGUGGGGCUGUCACACCUACAAUACCUAUUCAUCGAGAACAAUGAAAUCCAGGCCUUGUCGAAAGGCACCUUUCGUGGGCUCAAAUCGCUGACACACCUGUCUUUGGCCAACAACAACCUGCAGAUGUUGCCCAGGGAUCUCCUGAAGCCCUUGGAAAUCCUCAGCGACUUAGACCUGCGUGGCAACGUUCUGACUUGCGACUGCAACAUCAAGUGGCUGGUGGAGUGGAUGGAGAGCACCAACACCAGUGUCCCGGCCCUCUUUUGCGGGGGACCCCCUCGGUAUCAAGGCCAGAAGAUCCGGGAGCUGCCCCUCAAGGAUUUCGACUGCGUCACCACCGAUUUCGUGGUGCACCAGGUGCUGCCGUUCCAGUCGGUGUCCGCCGAGCCCUUUCUCUACACCAGCGACCUCUACGUGGCCUUGGCUCAGCCCAGCUCCAGCAGCUGCACCAUCCUCAAGUGGGACUACGUCGAGCGCAAGUUCCGGGAUUUCGACCGCAUCCCCGCCCAUUCAGCUGUCUACUGCAAACCCAUUGUGGCUGAAUCCCAACUUUACGUGGUGGUGGCCCAGCUCUUUGGGGGCUCCUACAUCUACCGCUGGGACACCAACAUUGACAAGUUCAUCAAGAUCCAGGACAUUGACAGCCAGAAGAUCCGCAAGCCCAACGACAUCGAGGCCUUCCAGAUCGAGGGCGAGUGGUUCUUUGUCAUCGCGGACAGUUCCAAAGCUGGUUCCACCAGCCUCUACCGCUGGAACCAGAAUGGCUUCUAUCCGCACCAGGAUUUGCACUCGUGGCACCGGGACACGGACGUAGAGUACGUGGAGGUGGAGGGCAAACCCCGGCUGAUCAUUUCCAGCAGCUCCCAGGCCCCCAUCAUCUACCAGUGGAACCGGGCCCAGAAGCAGUUUGUCCACCUCGGCGACGUGUCGGACGUGAUGGACGUCCAAAUGGUCAAGCAUUUCCGGGUCAAGCGGGACAACUACUUGUGCCUCAGCCGCUACAUCGGGGACUCCAAGGUGGUCAAGUGGGAGGGGUCACGCUUCACGGAGGUGCAGACCCUCCCGUCCCGGGGGUCCAUGGUCAUGGAGCCCUUCCGAGUGGGCCAGCACCAGUACAUGGCCCUGGGCAGCGACUUCUCCUUCACCCACAUCUACCUCUGGGACGAAGAGAAGCAGAAGUUCUCCAAGUUCCAGGAGCUCUCCGUCCAAGCACCACGAGCUUUCCGCCCCGUGCCCUUGGAGGACAUGAACAUCCUGCUGGCCCCCAGCUUUAAGGGGAACACCCUGGUCUACAAGCACAUCGUGGUGGACCUCAGCUUGUAGGCCAAGGGGGACGUGGUCCUUCCUCACCCACCACCACAGCUGCACCCCUCGUUCUUCCACAGAGGUGUCCUCCUGCCUCGGCACUGUAAUUGCUUGGAGCAAAGCUGCUUACUCACCGUCCUGCCUGAAUCCCUUCACCUCUACACUAGGGAUGGGCUCAAUGAUGGGGCACCUGAUGCCCAACACCUAACACGACAGGCACCUGAUGCCCAGUACUUAAUAAUGGGGCACCUAAUGCCUACACUCAGCAAUGAUGGGGCACUCAGUGUUUGACAUUCAACAACAAUAGGGCACCUAAUGCCUGCUACCCAAUGGUGACACUCAAUGACCAACACACCACAGUGACGGGGUAUCUAAUGCCCAACACACAACAGUGAUUGCACACCUAAUGCCCAACACUCAAUGACAAUAGGGUGCCUAAUGCCCAAGACCCAACAAUGAUGGGGAGCCCAAUGUUCAAGACUCAACAAUGGGUUAUCUAAUGCUGAUGAGACACACCAAUGACGGGAAAUCCAAUGCCCAACACCCAAUAAUGCUGGGGAACCAGUGCCCAACACUCAACAAUGAUGGGAAACCCAAUGUCCGAUACCCAACAAUUAUGGGGAACCUAAUGUCUGAUACCCAACAAUUAUGGGGAACACAAUGUCUAAGACCCAACAAUUAUGGGGAACACAAUGUCUAAGACCCAACAAUAUUGGAUUACAUAAUGCCAAUACCCAACAAUGAUGGGGAACCUAAUGUCUGAUACCCAACAAUUAUGGAGAACACAAUGUCUAAGACCCAACAAUAUUGGAUUACAUAAUGCCAAUACCCAACAAUGAUGGGGAACCCAGUGUCUGAUACCCAAUAAUUAUGGGGAACACAAUGUCUAAGACCCAAAAAUCAUGGGUUGCAUAAUGCCAAUACCCAACAAUGACGGGGAAACCAAUGCCCAACACCCAACAAUGAUGGGUUAUCUAAUGCCCAACAUUCAACAAGAAAUUAUUAUUAUUAUUAUUAUUAUUAUUAUUAUUAUUAUUAUUAUUAUUGUCCUGCUUUUUCUCUCCAUAAGGAAACACAAAGCAGCUAACAUUAAAAACAGUACAAUACAAUUGUACAAAUAUACAAUAUUAAAACAAUAUGAUGGAGAACCCAAUGCCCUAGACCCAACAAUGAUGGGUUACAUAAUGCCCAACCAUCCAAAAAUGAUGGGGACCCAAUGCUGACACUCAACAAUGAUAGGUCACACCUAAUACCUAACACUCAACAAUAACAGGGCACCCAAUGUCCAUGACUCAAUGGUAAUGGAAGACUUUAAUGCCCAAGACCCAUCAAAAAUGGGGUACUUAAUGCUCAAGAUCUAAGAGUGAUGGGGAACCCAGUGCCCAACACCAACAAUGAUGGGGAACACAAUGUCCAAGAUCCAACAAUGAUGGAUUACUGAAUGCUGAUACCCAACAAUGGUGGGUCACCCAAUGACCAAGACCCAUCAACAAUGGAGCACCUAAUGCCCAACAAUGAUGGGGAACCCAAUGUCCAAGAUCCAACAAUGAUGGAUCAUGGAAGGCCGAUACCCAACAAUGAUGGGUCACCCAAUGACCAAGACCCAUCAACAGUGGGGCACCUAAUGCCCGGCACCCAACAAUGAUGGGGAACCCAAUGUCCAAGAUCCAACAAUGAUGGAUCACCGAAUGCCACCCAACAAUGAUGGGUCACCCAAUGACCAAGACGCAUCAACAAUGGGGCACCUAAUGCCCAACAAUGAUAGGGAACCCAAUGUCCAAGAUCCAGCAAUGAUGGAUCACUGAAUACCAAUACCCAACAAUGAUGGGUCACCCAAUGACUAAGACCCAACAAUGGGGCACCUAAUGCCCAACACCCAACAAUGAUGGGAAACCCAGUGCCCAAAACCCAACAGUAAUGGGCAACCCAAUGUUCAAGAUCCAACAAUGAUGGAUCACCGAAUUCUGAUAACCAACAAUGAUGGCUCACCCAAUGACCAAGACCCAUCAACAAUGGGGCACCUAAUGCCCAACACCCAACAAUGAUGGGAAACCAAAUGCCGAUACCCAACAAUGAUGGGUCACCCAAUGACCAAGACCCAACAAUGGGGCACCUAAUGCCCAACACCCAACAAUGAUGGGAAACCCAAUGCCUCAAACCCAACAGUAAUGGGGAACCCAAUGUUCAAGAUCCAACAAUGAUGGAUCACCGAAUUCUGAUACCCAACAAUGAUGGCUCACCCAAUGACCAAGACCCAUCAACAAUGGGGCACCUAAUGCCCUACACUCAACAAAGAUGGGAAAACCCAAUGCCCAAAACCCAACAGUAAUGGAACAUUUUAAUGCCCAAGAUCCAUCAACAACGGGUCACCUAAUGCUCAAGACACUGGGGAAUGAGGGGCUUCAAGAAAAUAGGUUCAGGACCUGACUGUAUGGAUUCAGCUCCAUCUCAGCUGACCCCAAAGUCUCUGGGGACUAAUGCCCAACACCCCAAAAGGAUGGGGCACUGAUCCCAACAUGCACCAGCAUUCCUCUCUAUGAAAGGGACCCAUGAUGCGCUUCCUCUCCUCCGUUGGCUUGGCUGUCUUUGCUGUCUAUAACAUUUCCAAAACCUCUGCUGAGACUUUGUUGGCCAGUUUGGAGACCCGUUUUGGAGACGAUGCCUUGGCACUUAUUUGGGAAGGGAAACUUUCCGUCGACACAGGACCACUGCGAUGAAAUGUCUUCUCCGCACCGACCUCCUCUGCGUUUCAUUUCGGACCUUCACAGAAACUAAUUUUUGGGAGACCUUUUCCAGGCACUGCCGUUUCCAAGGAUCACCUUUUAAUUUAUUCUAAACCUUUUUUCACUGACAUCAGCACAUGAUCCAAAUAACCACUCAAUGGCACUUCAAUAAAGAAGCGUAAUUCAUUCCUC